CCCCCCCCCCAUUGCAAUGCAGGUCCAAACUGUGGUCUUUGUGGUUGCUACUGUGGUAGCGGUGCUCAGCAGCACUGUUGCCGGAGCGUCUAUCUUUCCUCAAGACGGCCCUGUCCGUGUCCUUACCUCUGCCAAGGAGGUUGACAAUUUUGUGAGCACCGUGCCUGCUGCUAUGGUCAUGAUCUAUGCGCCCUGGUGCUCGCACUGUACUGCCUUCAAACCGGCCUUUAUCCAAGCUGCUGGUGAUGUGGCUGAUGCUGGUCUUGGUGCCUUUGCCGCAGUCAACGGUGAUGAACAUCGGGAUGUCAUUGCUGCCUACUCGAUCAAGUCCUUCCCCACCGUCCUUUACUUUGCUGAUGGCGAGCUGAAGUGGCCUUACUCUGGCCCGCGCUCGGCUGCUGGUCUACUGGCGUACAUGGAGAACCCUGUGGCUCCGCCGCCGCCGCCGCAGCCGACUCCACUGACCGCGGAUGGCAACGGCGAUGUCGUCAUCCUCGCCACCUCAAACUACUCCUCCGUCCUCCUUUCCUCGCCCUCGACCUUUGUCAUGCUCUACUCGCCGUCGUGCGGCCACUGCAAGAACACCAUCCCGCACUUUAUGGACGCUGCUUCUGCUGCUCUGGACGAUGACAGCCUCCCGCUCUUUGCCGCUGUCGACCUCUCGCUUCCCGAGAAUGGCGCCAUCGGCAAGAUGCUCGACGUGGCCGCCUUUCCCACUUUUGUCCUCUUUGACGGCAACAUCGAGCGUUUUCGCUACAAGGGUGCUCGGACCAAGGCUGCCUUCCUUGAGUGGGUCGCCGAUCCGCAGGCCCCACCGCCGCCGCCGCCGCCGCCUGCCCGUGCUCCGUUCACAGAAGAUGGCGAUGGUGACGUCGCCAUGCUCUCGCCCGAGACCUUUGACGACCAUCUCGAUGGCUUUGAUGGCACGCUGGUCAUGUUCUUUGCUCCGUGGUGUGGCCACUGCAAGGCGAUGAAGGAGCCGUACAAGGCUGCGGCUGCCACCGUCAAGGCCGAGGGCCUCGGCUCGCUGGCCGCCGUCGACUGCACCGUCGACAACAGUCUUUGCAACGAGUUCAACAUCAAGGGCUACCCGACACUCAUCUACUUUGGCGAUGACGACGAGCAGAUUACGUUUGCCGGCGUCCGGUCGGAGGAGGGUCUUGUUGCCUUUAUGCGCGACCCCCAGCCGCCGCCGCCACCGCCGCCGCCGCCGACCCGCACUCCUUUCACCGAAGAUGGCGAUGGUGACGUCACCAUGCUCACGCCUGAGACCUUUGACGAUCACCUCGACGGCUCGGACGGCACGCUCGUCAUGUUCUACGCACCGUGGUGCGGCCACUGCAAGACGAUGAAGGAGCCUUACAAGGCUGCGGCCGCCACCGUCAAGGCUGAGGGCCUCGGCUCGCUGGCUGCCGUCGACUGCACCAUCGAUCGUGCUCUCUGUGGCAAGCACGAUGUCAAGGGCUACCCGACAGUGGUUUACUUUGGCGCCGACGAUGAGCAGAUUACGUUUGCCGGCGUCCGGUCGGAGGAAGGUCUUGUUGCCUUUAUGCGCGACCCCCAACCGCCGCCGCCACCGCCGCCGCCGCCGACCCGCACUCCUUUCACCGAAGACGGUGACGGCGACGUCACCAUGCUCACGCCUGAGACCUUUGACGAUCACCUCGACGGCUCGGACGGCACGCUCGUCAUGUUCUACGCACCGUGGUGCGGCCACUGCAAGGCGAUGAAGGAGCCUUACAAGGCUGCGGCCGCCACCGUCAAGGCUGAGGGCCUCGGCUCGCUGGCUGCCGUCGACUGCACCAUCGAUCGUGCUCUCUGUGGCAAGCACGAUGUCAAGGGCUACCCGACAGUGGUUUACUUUGCAGACGGAGAGCAGAUGGCGUUCUCGGGUCCGCGGACCGAGGAGGGUCUUGUUGCCUUUAUGCGCGACCCCCAGCCGCCGCCGCCACCGCCGCCGCCGCCGACCCGCACUCCUUUCACCGAGGAUGGCGACGGCGAGGUGAUCAUGCUCCGUAGCGACACCUUUGCGCCGUUUGUGGACUCAGAGUCCGCCGGCACGCUCGUCAUGUUCUACGCACCGUGGUGCGGCCACUGCAAGGCGAUGAAGGAGCCUUACAAGGCUGCGGCCGCCACCGUCAAGGCUGAGGGCCUCGGCUCGCUGGCCGCUGUCGACUGUACUAUCGACGGAGAUCUGUGCGCCCGUCACAGCGCUAACGCCUACCCGACCCUCCUGCACUUUACCGACGCCAGCUCGUCGAUCAAGUACGAGGCGUCUCGGACCGAGGAUGCGCUUCUUGAGUUCAUGCGCGAGCACAGCAGCCCGGUUGAUCACGAUGAACUGUAA